CUGUUAACGAUGGAUCUCACCAAAGAAGAUUCUAUUGCCCAAUGCAUUGCGUCCAUCGUCGAGAGACACGGAAAAAUUGACGUCUUGAUCAACAACGCGGGCGUGUGCCUUUGCUCGUGGGCGAAACAAACGCCGCGCGACGACGCCGAGAUGAUUAUGCAAACCAAUUUCCUCGGCGCCGUGAGCGUUAUUCGUCACGCGAUGCCACAUCUGAGCCAAGGCGCGAACAUCAUUAACGUCGGCUCCAUCGCCGGUCGAAUCGGUAUUCCGUUUCAGUCCAUGUAUAGCGCUUCCAAAGCGGCGCUGAUGGUGUACACGGACGCGCUUCGCAUGGAAACAAAGGGCUCGGGCGUGCGCGUCAGCUUGAUCGAGCCCGGCGAUUUAAGAUUACAAAAAGGCGCAGCGAGCGUGGUCAAA